AUGCUUCCUCUCUUCAUCAAGAUGCUUCCUCUCUUCAUCAAGGUGCUUCCUCUCUUCAUCAAAGAGCUUUCCCUCUUCAUCAAGGUGCUUCCUCUCUUCAUCAAGAUGCUUCCUCUCUUCUUCAAAGUACUUCCUCUCUUGAUCAAGUGCUUCCUCUCUUCAUCAAGAUGCUUCCUCUCUUCAUCAAGGCUUCCUCUCUUCAUCAAGAUGCUUCCUCUCUUCAACAAAGUACUUCCUCUCUUCUUCAAAGUGCUUCCUCUCUUCAUUAAGUGCUUCCUCUCUUCAUCAAGAUGCUUCCUCUCUUCAUCAAGUGCUUCCUCUCUUCUUCCUCUCUUCAUCAAGUGCUUCCUCUCUUCAUCAUGCAGCUUCCUCUCUUCAACAAAGUACUUCCUCUCUUCAUCAUGCAGCUUCCUCACUACAUCAUGCAGCUUCCUCUCUUCAACAAAGUGCUUCCUCUCUUCAUCAUGCAGCUUCCUCUCUAAAUCAAGGUGCUUCCUCUCUUCAUCAAGAUGCUUCCUCACUCCAUUAUGCAGCUGCUUCUUUUCUUCAUCAAUUCCUCUUCACCCUGGAGCUCCUCAGCUUUAUAUCAUUUUAAUUGGAUUUUUUGAAAUCCACCUGCAGUAG